AGACGGGCAUCCGGCCUGGGGAAAAGCGGAGCAGGUCUGCGAGGCUAAGUGUCCCUGUGGUGCACCUCGUGGCGAGAAUCCGGAGGAGGAGGAGACUGCAGGAUAGGCCCAGGAAAACGAAGAGAUGGAGCAGCCAACGCAGAAUGGAGAGGAAGACCGCCCUUUGGGAGGAGGUGAAGGCCACCAGCCUGCAGGAAAUCGACGGGGACAGGCUCGCCGACUUGCCCCUAAUUUUCGACGGGCCAUACCCAAUAGGCAGAUCAAUGAUGGGAUGGGUGGAGAUGGAGAUGAUAUGGAAAUAUUCAUGGAGGAGAUGAGAAAAAUCAGAAGAAAACUUAGGGAGCUGCAGUUGAGGAAUUCUCUGCGUAUCCUUAUGGGGGAGCUCUCUAAUCACCAUGACCAUCAUGAUGAAUUUUUGCCUUAUGACUUGAGUCCUGCCAUUUAUCAUGAGAUUAAUACUGUGAUUCCCGCUGUUUUCUUUUUCCUUGCAUUUUCCUAA